UGUGACGUUUGUACUGGAACAUAACCUUAAAAACGCGCAUGUCAAACCGUUCUGCUAUUCGUUCAUGACAAUUGUAUAUUUGUUUUUCAUUGUUUAUAAUUGUUAUGUAGUAUUGUAAAUUACACAAAAACGCUAUAAUUCAAUGACAGGAACAGAUCAGUGUGUGUCUAUGGCAUUAUUAAAUUGUUAGAGAUGACUAAAAUUAUUGACGAACCAGAAACUGAAAAUUGGUCCGACAUUCGUUUGAGAGUUGAGUGUUCAAAUUGUAGUUUGAAGUUUGGUACAUGGGGUUUGUCUUCCUUCGUUAUUGGUGCUCUGGGUUAUCCAUUUCUAGUCAAUAAAUGUUUGAGCAAGUAUAUAGGUUUUGAAACAAGAUAUCUCAUCAUUGGUAUGCUUACGAUAUCAACAAUAUUUGGUACAGGAUACAUUGCCAAAUCGAAAUGUGAAGAAAAUGUAAAACAAUUAUUUGCCGAAGGCAGAAGAAAUGAACUUGCGAAAACGAAACAAAUUACAAAAUAAAAAGAUUUAUUAUUUCCAUUUUGAAGUAUUGAAGUAACAAAAUUUAAAAAUGUACUUUUUUCGAAAUCUCGCUUCAAAAUUGAAGUACAAUUUACAACCGGCAAUAUUUUCGAAUAUUUCAAAAAGAAUUUUAAAUUUGCCUACAUUUAUUAAGAGAUUCAGUCACGAUGCAACGGGAACUUUUGAAACUGAAGCAGAUUUAUUAGAAUAUGAAGAAAUGUCAAAUAUUUCCUUAGGAACAAUCGCUGGUGGACAGAGAAUUUUUAUAAUACAACCUUACAUAAAAUGGGGACGGAGAAAAAGAUUGAAUACAACUCCCCAAUUACAAAUGAGUGAGGCAGAGGCAUUGAUAAGUACAUUACCACGAUGGGUUGUUGUUGAUAAAAAAUGUGUACCAUUAUUAUCCCUUGGAAGAAAUAAAUUAAUAGGUAGAGGAGCAAUUGAAGAAUUAAAGCAAAGAAUUCAAUCUUCCAAUUAUGUGACAGGAAUUUUUGUCAGUUUAAAUCUACUGAAACUAGCGCAGAUUGAGGAAUUACAAAAGGAAUUUAAUCUUCCAAUUUUUGAUCGCUAUUCAAUUGUCAUACAUAUAUUUCGAUUGCAUGCAAAAACUCCUGAGGCUAAAUUACAAGUGGCUCUCGCGGAAAUUCCAUUAAUUUGGAAGAAAUUUGUAGAGGAUCACAAUGAUCUUCAUAGGAUAAAUAUAAAGGAAUGGAGGAAAAGAAUUCUUCAAACGCGACAACAAAAUUUGAAGAAAGAAUUAAAGAAAGUGCAACAGCAACAUUAUUUGGUGAGACGAAAGAGAAAAUUAUUGGAUAUACCAAGUGUGGCGAUAGUUGGCUAUACAAAUGCUGGGAAAACAUCGUUAAUUAGGGCAUUAACUGGAGAUACAUCAUUGAUACCAAGGAAUCAAUUAUUUGCAACACUUGACACAACGGCUCAUGAAGGAUAUCUUCCUAGUAGAUUGAAAAUUCUUUAUAUGGACACCAUUGGUUUUAUACAAGACGUACCCGAAGGAAUGCUUGCUCCUUUUAUUGUCACCCUCGAGGAUGCACUCGAUUCUGAUGUAAUAAUACAUAUUUACGAUGCUAGUCAUCCGGAUCAAUUGGCUCAAAUAGAUCAUGUCAGAUCAACUUUGGAGUCGCUUAACCGUUAUAAUCGACCAAUUAUCGAAAUUGCAAACAAGUGUGAUUUAAUUGAAAAAAACACAGUCCCUGAAGAGAUAAUCGCAAUUUCAGCGACAAAACAAAUUGGUGUUGAUUUGUUACGUAAACGGAUAGAAAAUGAAAUUUUGAAUUCUACGGGUCGAAGGCAUAUACGAAUGAGGGUUGAAUCAGGAACCGAGGCUUUCGCAUGGUUAUACAAAGAGUUAACAGUGACAAAUACAGAACCUGAUAAAGACAAUCCGCAAUACAUGUUUAUAGAUGUGAUAGCCACAGAGACACAGUUAUACAAAUUUAAACGAUUUCUAAGAAAUUAAAAACUUUUCAAAUUUGAA